AUGGGGAAACGUAAUUCUCGUAGUAAAGCUGCUGCGAUGUUUGAUAGCGAUGAUGAUAGUAGCGUGACUUCGUCAUCAACCGCUCGAUCUGAUCUUAUGUCUGUUUCUGGUACCGAAGAUGUUCAAUUUGAUCAAGAGUCUGUACUUGACCAAGCUCUUGAUUCUUUGGAUGAAAAAAGGGGUUCCACGAGGGAAAACGCUUUUUCAACCAUAAUUGAUGCUUUUAAGAGCAACAUGCAACAUCACUUUGUCGAAAAAAAGUUUGCUACUUUAUUGCAUCAGUGUCUUGCUUCAAUAAAAAAGGGGUCUAAGAAGGCGUCUGCCAAGGAGAUAACUUUGGCAUCUCAUGCCAUUGGUUGUUUGGCCUUGACAGUUGGGUGUAGUGAUAAUGCACGUGAGAUUUUCGAAGAUUGUUCUGGUCCUUUGGAUGAAUCACUUGCUAGAAGUACAGAUGUUAUGAAGGCACCAUCGUUGCUGGACUGUUUGGCUAUAAUCACCUUUGUUGGAGGGAAUGCUCAAGAAGAAACAGAGCGAUCAAUGGAUAUAAUGUGGCGUGUUAUCCAUCCCAAAUUAGGUUCCAAUGUAGUUGCAGUCAAACCCUCUGCUCCAUUAAUAACUGCUGUGGUGUCUGCAUGGUCUUUUCUCCUCUCUACCGUAGGCAAUUUGAAGCUGAAUUCAAAAAAUUGGCAAAGUUCAAUAUCUUAUUUAUCUAGUCUUCUAGACAAAGAAGACAGGUCAGUAAGAAUUGCUGCUGGUGAAGCACUGGCUCUAAUUUUUGAGAUUGGAGCUAUAGAUAAAUUUAAUGCAAGUGAUGCAACUCAAGAAGAGAGUAAGCCACAGGAAAGUUACAUAUUUUUACAAGGAUUAAAAGGAAAAGUGAUAAAUCAAUGCAAAAAUCUUUCUGUGGAGGCUGGUGGUAAAGGUUCUGCUAAGAAAGAUCUUAAUAAUCAGAGGAACCUGUUCAAAGAUAUCUUGGAUUUUUUUGAGGAUGGUUACGCCCCUGAAAUUUCAAUGAAGAUUGGUGGUGAUUCUCUACAGACAUCCUCCUGGUCCCAAAUGAUACAGCUAAAUUUCAUCAAGCACUUUCUUGGAGGAGGAUUCAUUAAACAUAUGCAGGACAAUGAAUUCUUACAUGAUGUCUUUGGUUUCACACCCAAGAAAAAGCUUAACAACGGUGAGCACAGAAUGUCUGGUGGUGAAAAGAGGAUGUUCAAGUCACCAAAUUCUGUUUUGAACAAGGCUAGGACCCAAUUACUUAACAAGCAGCGGGUAUUAUCGGAGGGCAGGAACUUCGGGCAUUAUUCAGUCAGUAUGGGAGAUGAUGAGACAUGA